AUGCAGUUAAUAGCAGAGUUCAUUGGAACAUACCUCAUAGUAUUCACAGGAUGUGCAGCAAUAAUAGUGGAAAAGACCAAAGGCGAAGUGACAUACCCCGGAAUCUGUCUCACUUGGGGCUUAAUUAUCAUGAUUGUAGUAUACACUUUGGAGCAUAUAUCAUGCCACUUUAAUCCAUCAGUCACCAUUACUUGUGCUCUUCUCAAAGGGUUUCCCUGGAAACAGGUUCCCUUUUAUAUUAGUGCUCAAAUAUUGGGAUCAUUUCUUGCAAGUGGCACUUUAUAUCUUUUGCUUGAUGUACCUCCUAAGGCUUACUUUGGGAAUCUGCCUUCUGGUUCAGAUGCUCAAUCUGUAGUUAUGGAGAUCAUUAUUUCAUUCAUCCUCAUGUUUGUCAUUUUUGGCACUGCCUUUGACGAAAGAGCGCAUAACCAGUUUGCUGGGGUGGCCAUUGGCAUGACAGUACUAAUGAAUGCCUUGAUUGCUGGGACGAUUUCAGGAGCUUCGAUGAAUCCUGCAAGAAGUAUAGGACCAGCAGUAGUCAUGCACGUCUACAAAGGACUUUGGAUUUAUGUUGUUGGUCCAACAAUCGGGUGCAUACUAGGUGGAGUCGCCUAUAGCUCGAUGCGAUACAUGGACCAAUUCCCAGCUAAGUUCGCUAGUUGGAGCACCUCAUUUGAUAAGAAGUUGAUCAAUUGGUUUGGUAUAUUGAAGGGCAAAUUCUUUGAUGCAUUCCAUAAAGUUCAUUAGGCUUAGUACCAUAUUUGGAUUGUGAACUUGUAAAUGCAACUGUAAUGACCCUUGAUUCUUCUUUACUCCUUUUAGUUCAUGAAUAAAAUUCAUGUAUCAUGUACAUUUUUUUUUUUUUUUUGAAAACCAUGUAUCAUGUACAUUCGAUUUAACAAGCAAUGCAUUAACAGCCAUCUCUUAUGCAUGCUAAGAUAUGCUCUGUUGUAGGGUUGUGCACAAUAGGUUAACCGUACCGUUUAGC